GUAAACACAAGAAUGCAGCGCGUCAGGCAAGGGAGUGUGAGCACAGACAGAGGGCCCUUUCUUACACAGGGUGGGCAGGGCAGGGAGAAGUGACUCUGCCCUGAGAGAGUGACACACACAGGGAGAGAGGAAGAGAGAGAGAGGCAGAAAGAGCGUAAUUCAAUACAGACCAAGUAUGGGGCAAAAUUGAGAGCUUAGAGUAUAUCAACAAUAAGCAGCAGCAGAUAUUGAAGAGGAUAUACAAGGAAGAGGAAAGGAGGAAGAGGAGCUUUACUGGCCUGGACUUCUAAAGUGUUUGCCGAAAAUCUCUCAGAGCCAGAGGAGAGUGGAUUAAAAUAGACAGGAGACUUCAGAGGACCUGAGGUAGAAUCCCCAAAUCCCAAAAGAGGGACACAAACAAACUACUCUGAGAGGCAGACUCCAUAGACAUUCCCAUCGCAGCAAGGAAAGAUCGGAAUCAUUACAGCAACUGAAGGAUUUCAAAGGAAAACGUCCAUCUCUCAUAAAACAAUUAAUCUUUGGUCUUCAAACUUUCUUAAAUAAUGCUUUGGUCUUUAAACCCCCAGACAAGGCACUUAAGGAAGGAGGGGAGGAUAAAGAGAUUCUCCCUGCAUCAAUGAAUUUUCCAGUCUCUUGCUAUCCUCCCUUAGCAUGUGCUACUAUAUCAGCAACAUCUUCACUAUCAAGAGUUCACAAGCACUAGUUCAGGGUCAAAUCACCAUAGAAACAAUCCCCUUCCUGGUAACAGCAAAACCCUUGGCUGACUAAUUCAAUAAUCUAUCCUUGUUUGCUAUUGUGGUUGGCUUCUUCAAUAGAUGACCCUCAAAAGGAGUUGCUAAGACACUCACUGUCAGUGAACCAUGAAGGAAGACAUCUUGGAUUUUUUCAGUAACUUGUGGAAGGUGGCCACCACCAAGCAUGACCAGGGGAUCUACAAUACAGUCUGCCUGGUGGUGCUGCUAGCCCUGCCUAUGGUGGUGCUCUUCACUUCUCUGGUGGUGUGCUGCCACUGCUGCUGCUGUCGCCGGGCCAACUCCACUGGUUGCUGCGGAGACAGCCCAAGUUCAGACACAGCAAAAUCAGACAAAAAGAAGAAGAAGAGUCCCAAAAAUGAGGACUUGUGGAUCUCGGUCAAAAAAGGACCUAUGACACAAGACAGGGUUGCCCUGACGAUGGUGUAGUUGUCGUGACUGAUGUUCAGAUAAGGUUUCAUUCUUUUGUAUUUAUAUGAAGCUCUUUUUUACUGCAAGGUACAGGUACAUAAUGCCGGGCAAGGCCAGGCCUUAGCCUUUUAAAGGCCCUAAGCGAUAUUUGUUUUUAAGUUUUAAAGUUAAUUUCCUGCAAGUCUACACAUUUUGCCAUGGGGUGUACAGAAAAUGUUGCAGUUUUAAAUCACCUUUUUCCAGUUCUACACAUUUUGCCAUGGUGUAGAGAUACAUUUUUUGACCAUUUGAAAGCAACUUUCCUGCAAUUCGACAUAUUUUGCCAUGAUUUAAUGAUACCUGAGUGACAGUGACGAACAAAAUCAACGAGGGCCCCAUGGAGGUCAGGGCCCCUAGGAACGUGAACUGCGUGCCCAGUCGGUAUUCAGCCAUGAUUAUGCCUGGAGCCGGCACUGGUGUUCAAUAUGCUCCAUAGAAAGAGACUAAAAGAGCCAAUAAUAUGUGAUUGAUUGUGUGUGUGCGUGCAUGCAUAUGUGUGCCUGUGCAUAUGCACGUACGUGUUACUCUCAAACUCAACUCUGUACCUUGAAGCUAGUUCCACAGCAUUUUUUGUAUUGUUUCCUUCUAAUCACAGACUGAUUUAGACCUGAGACACCAGGUGUGUGCAAUUACCGAUCAGGUAGAACAGAAAACCAGCAGGCUCCAGACCUCAAAGGGUAAGAGUUGAAUACCCCUGUGUUAGAGUGUGCACUCAACCAGAAGGUUGAGGACUGCUUUUUAUUUCCAAUGCUGGAGGCCAGCAAUCUAGUAUUGUGAUUCGGUUAGAAAGAUCAUGUUUUUUAUAGGUUAGACCAUUUCAAGUUCAAAGCACUUGCAGUUAUUGCACUUACAAUGUGAACAAUGUGAACUUAUGUAACUACUUUGAAAUCUUUUGCUGUAUUUGCUAUAUCCACUAAAUGGAGAUCUCAAUUCCAUUCAUGAGUUGACUAUCAAUCGCUGAAUUUAAUAGAACAAAGUGAAGCACUGAGAUCUUUCAUUUACAUUCCCGUAGAGUAUGCUAAAGCUCAGUAUUGUUGAUGAAUGAGUGUUUCUACCCAACAGUUCCAUGUGUUACGUUACCUUAUGCUCACAUUGCCAUGUGUACUGUCUUGCACUGUCCCUAUUGGUUCAUAAAAUCAUUAUGCGUUAUUAUUAUUAUCUCCAGGCUCUCAGACUUUGGGGUGCUAAGUGGAUCCUUCUUACAUCUUUAUCCCUCAGUGCCAAUAGCCAUCAUUUCACAUGUAGUGAUAUUUACUGGCAUAUCAUAGUUGAGGUACUAUGCCAUCAUUCAGUAUUUUCUACACCAUUGUGUUGAUAAAAUAUAAGUUGUGUGCAUAUGGGGCAUUGUGUGCAAAAUGCACACAUUUUGGUGUGGCAGGUAGCCUAGAGGUUAGAGUGUUGGGCCAGUAGCCGAAAGGUUGCUAGAUCAAAUCCCUGACCUGACAAGGUAGAAAUAUGUUGUUCUGCCCCUGAACAAGGCAGUUAACCCACUGUUCCUAGGCUGUCAUUGUAAAUAAGAGUUUGUUCUUAACUGACUUGCCUAGUUAAAUAAAAUAAAAAUGUGUGCAAAUAGAAGUUUAUAAUUGAUUUACAAAUCCGGUGACAAAUCAGUUUCAUUUGUUAUUUUUUUAUUAUCCCUGUUUUAAGAUCCUUAUUUUGUGCCUAAUAGGCUUCUGUAUUAGUUAUUCACUAAACUUUGAUCGAGACAAACUAUGCAUUAGAACAUACAGGUAACUGACAAAAUAAAGGAAACGCCAACAUAAAUAGGGCGUUGGGCCACCACAAGCAGCAAGAACAGUUUCAAGGUGCUGUGGCAUAGAUUCUACAGUCUGGAACUCCAUUGGAGGGACACAACACCGUUUUCCCACAAUAAAUUCCAUAAUUUGGUGUUUUGUUCAUGGUGGUGGAAAACUCUGUCUCAGGCAUGAUCUGGUAAAUGAGGCAUGCAUGCAUGCACACACGCACGCACGCACACACACACACACACACACACACACACACACACACACACACACACACACACACACACACACACACACUUUAAACCCACCUAAGCUCCUUUGAGACCCCUCUUUCAAAGUCAAUGAGAUUUCUUCUUCUAGUCAUGCCAAAACAAUGGGAAACUGGGCGUUUUACAUAUGACCCUAAGCAUGAUGGGAUGUUAACUGCUUAAUUAACUCAGGAACCACACCUGCGUAAAAGUACUUGCUUUCAAUAUAAUUGGUAUCACUCAUGCAGGGCUAUAUUCAAUCAGAUCCGCUUUAGCCGACAUCCAGAUAGCGGUUGUUUUGACGUGUCAGAGGUGGAACUGUGUUUCAGCUGUCAAAUCCACAAGCGGCUCCUGGCAUUAUAGCCUACCUAAAGGGGACAUUGCCAUUGACUGCACGGAGUCGCAUUAAGAUAAAUCUCCCGCAGCCUUGUUUACAGGUUUGAACACUGGAAUGUGAGAUGUAAUCUACACCUCGAUUAGGCUGAUAGAAAUCCUCUUUAAUGAUUUUUGAUUUGAACAUCAUUAUUUCUGUAUAGCCUACACUCUCGUUUUGAACUUCUAAUGCAAGGGUGAUUGAUGGGUUACAAUGAUCAAGAGCAGCUGCUCUCCAAUUUGACAGCUCCAACGCAGUUACACCUUCGACACCGCCAGAACAUCAGUUAUGAGGGUGGCGGCUACCGCCAGUUAAUGCUUGAUCUGAUUGAGUCUAGGCCUUACUCAAGUGUUUCCUUUAUUUUGUCAGUUACCUAUAUAUUCUGUCUGUUUGUCAUCACACAAGAAAUCGCUGAGGUGAUACAUUUUCGAGUUAUGAGCUCAGGCCACACUGGCGGCUGCGUGAAUCAUUUAUCCUGUCAUUUGAUUUUACAAAACAGCUGGAGAAAAGAGGGACAAAAUAAAGUAUUUUUGUAGCUUUGUUGA